CACGCUCUCCAAUUCACGGUUUACAACGACACUGAAAGCUGGAAAUAUAUCGGGGUACAUUGUCCGGAUCCAGAGGCGAUCGUGGGAAAUGCAUUGACUCACCAUCUCCAAAUGCCGAGCUCCGUGCGACUCUCUCUACCACCUUUUGCGACCCCAAACAACUCCCUCCGCCGAAGGUGCAUACCUCCAUCACCCGGCUAACGGCGCUUUCGGCGGGAUAUUUCAUACCCGCGGGGACUGAGAUGAGCCUCUAGAAGUUAAUCAUCCCUUUAAGAUCCGCGCCAUCACCUUGUGGAUGCGCAAAGUCAGUCGUCCGCCAUGUCUACGCCUUCCACUGCUCCGCGCAUGAAUCCGCCCCUCGGGUUGCGGUUGACGCCAUCCAAUUCUCCGUUCGCGAGACACACACCGGUUCGGUCUCCGACGAAACCAAGCCGGAAUGAUAUCUGCCUUUCCCUCAAGCAGGUCAUCGGGACGACUGCCAACUCCCCGAAUGCGCUAGACUCCCUCCCUUCAUCGCAAACCUUCGCGUUCACGGCUGGAGCGGCGGCGGUGGUUGCCAGCGUGGAAUACGAUGGCCAAAUUAAGCAGCGGUUCUUCCGUGCGAGACCUACUGCCGUUCCACUGAACCCGAUUUCAUCGGUAUAUGGCCCUUCAACGCCAGUGGCAAGCGACGCUAGAGCGAGAACGACCUAUCGCGAAUCAUCCCCUUUCUUUUCUCCUUUGUCAGAUGCCACGGACUCACCCAGCGCGGGGAAAUCCUGGACGGCCCGUGAAAGGGUCAAGACCGCCACAUGCAUUUCGUUCAGUCCAGACGGGCGAUAUCUUGCGGUUGGAGAGGCUGGCUAUAGACCGCGAGUCCUCGUAUUCUCAAUCGCCGAUGAUGCUCCCUCAGACACCCCCGUUAGUUCUCUACCCGACCACUCAUUCGGCGUACGAAGCGUCGCAUUCAGUCCCGACUCCCAAUACCUCGCGACCCUGGGUUUCACGAAUGAUGGCUUUCUUUAUAUUUGGGGUAUCGGCAGGAACGGCGCGACGAAUCUCAUCGCGAGUAACCGAUGCACCAGCAAUAUCAAUGGCAUUGCCUGGAUCGGCAACUCCUUAGUGACAGCCGGGACGAGACACAUAAAAGUGUGGAGGGUUGAAGACACCGUCCAGCAAUCGUUAAAAUUCCGAGCAGGAGACAGCCAAGGCGUGGCUAGUCCAAAUCAGAAAACAUUAAUUGGAAGAAAUUGCUUGCUUGGUCCGCUCCUAGACAGUAAUUUCACGACCAUCGUGCCAAUUGGGACGUCCAAGGCGGUUCUCGGCACCGGCAAAGGCGAUAUUUGCUUAAUGGAUGACUCGAGCGGGCAGCAACAGUUUGCUCGCGUUGUGGAAGUUGGUUUUUCCAUUAAAGCCAUGGCGGUGGACUCGGAUGGACUCCUUCAGAUCGCUGGGAAGGGUAGGAUGAGGAAGAGCAUCAAAGUCGACGACCUGAUGAGUAGCGAGACUGUCACCAUCACCAAUUCUAAUCUUACGAUUGAAGCGAAUUCGGAUGCGGUGGCGUUGGGACCACUUGUCAGCAAAACAGUUGUUGUCGAUUCGCAGCGAGCGAUUCAGAUCCAUGAAAACGCACCGCGGCCCAGUGCAGCCCAUCAGUCCAGGAGACUGCCAGGGCAUGCCGGACCGAUUCUCGGGAUCAUGUCCUUCACUAAGACUAGUCAAGGAGAACCGCAGUUCUUCACCUGGUCCGGAAAUGGAACGACAAUCGCAUGGCUUGAAGAUGGUGCUAGUGCAUGGCAGGUCCAGGUGGAACUACCGCAGACGACGCGCGAUGAUCAGGUUGUGAACGAGUUGUGCGUAGUCCGGGGGGUCCCAUCCCAAAGAUUACUAGCAACUGGUGAUAAAGUGGGAAUGCUUCGAAUACUUGACUUUUCUGGAAAGGAAGUCUUCACGUUCAAAGCACACGUGAGCGAAAUUACCGACAUCGCAGUUCAGGAUGGUGACGAGGUCUUCCUCGCAACCGCGAGUCGGGACCGGACGAUCCAAAUCUUCAAACUAAACGGGGACAACUGGGAACUGGUUCAAACGCUCGACGAGCACGUUGGCGCUGUAACCGGAAUUGAUUUCUCGAAAGACGGCACUCGCCUUAUUUCUGCGUCAUCCGACCGCACUAUGGUUAUCAGGGAGUCGGCAUCAUAUGUUGAAGAUGGCAAGGCCUUGAAUGCAUACCUCAUAUCGAGGACCGUCACAUUGAAGGCAACCCCUACAUCUAUGACGCUGAGUUCAGCUGAGGACAAUGUCCUGAUCGUAGCGACGAUCGACCGGCACCUACACCGGUAUGAUCUUAAAACUGGACAUACCUUAACGUCGUUCAAGACAAAUGAUUCGGAAGGGGGGGACCCAGUCGUGCUCUCAUCGAUUGUCCACUUCACCGUCCCCAGCGGCACACCGAUGAUCGCUGGUGUAUCUAGCACGGAUAAAUCAGUCCGUGUAUACACUGAAAAAGGGAGUUUAGUCGCCCGAGACUGGGGCCAUACGGAGGGCGUAUCCGGACUGGCGUUGAUAUCUACCAGUACCGACCAAGGCGAACCGCAAGAAAGGCGGCUCGUCACCACCGCAUUCGACGGGACGAUCUUUCUCUGGGACACCCAACCCCGCCCCAGCGCCCCCGGCGGCCACGAGAUCUCCAAAUCUAUGGACCUCAUGGGCGUCGAGUCCGAGAAAGAACAGGGCCCCAGCCACCCGCCCCUCCGCCGCGUGCUGUCCCACAGCGAAAUGGCCCGCUUCCAACGCCGCCCGGACGAACCAUCCACCACCCCCGUUGGCAACCGCUCGCCGCGCUUGAAGAAACGCACGUCGCGCUUCACCCUCGCGCAAGCCCCGAAACUCGACCCCACCCCCACUACCACCCGGACCACCCACGACUCCCGCCGCAAAACCGCCAUGGCCCGCUCACCGUCUCCGCCGAGUCCGAACUCGCGCCACGCGGUCAAGUCCCGCCGUUCUUCCGUAGACGUCCGCUCCCGCGCUGCCCGCAGCACCGAGACCCUAUCCGCUCCCCCCGUCACCCCGUCCUCCAGCAUGGCUACCGCCACCGAGCACCUCUGCCGCGCGCUCCGGGCCUACCGGCGCAAGCUUGCCCACACGUCGGACAACCUCAAGCCGGACGCAGGGCGCGAGCUGGAGAAGGAGCUGAGCCUGACGAUGCGGGCGGUGGGCGAGCGGUCGAAGGCGCGGGUGCUGGACGAGGGGACGAUGAUCGCGUUGCUUGAUCGGCAUGGGAAGGAGCUGAUGGAGGAGUUCGAUGCAAGGUUGGCGGCGGGAUUGGCGAGGGCUGGGGAGGCGCAGAGUCCAAGUCCGGGGGGUGGGGGAAGUCGGAAGGGGAGUGAGGAUAGGGGGGCGGAUGGGAUUGAGGCGGAGGGUGAAUUUAGUGGCGGGAGUGAGGAGAGGAGUGGAGAUGCAGGGGGCGGGGUAGGGAUUGAGGCGUUGGGGGUAGCUGGAAAGGCGUAA